GAGGCCCGGGGGAUGCCGCCUCCUUGAGCUGUGACCGCGCCGCCGGAGGCCGAGGGACGGGGCGGCCCCGCCGGUAUCUAGAGGUGAGGAUGGAAACACACCCAAGGAAAUUAUCCUUCCUUCAUCCAUGUGUGGAGAACUGAAGCUCCCUACUCUGUUGAUUUCUUUUUUUGAAUACAGUUCUGGAGAAGCUGUCAACAUGAAUGCUGCUGACAAUGGGGUCAGCAGUCUCUGUGCAAUAUGUGGAGACCGAGCAACAGGAAAACACUAUGGUGCUUCCAGCUGUGAUGGAUGCAAGGGAUUCUUUAGGCGCAGUAUACGGAAAAACCACGUCUAUACGUGCAGAUUCAACCGCCAAUGUAUUGUUGACAAGGAUAAAAGGAAUCAGUGCAGAUAUUGUCGUUUAAAAAAGUGUUUCCGAGCAGGAAUGAAAAAAGAAGCUGUACAAAACGAACGGGACAGGAUAAGUACAAGAAGAAACACUUUUGAUGGCUGCAACAUUCCCUCUAUUAGCACCUUGUCACAAGCUGAGACAUUGUCCCGUCAGAUCUCGAUAUCCAGUCCUGGUGCUAGCACUGACAUAAAUGUUAAGAAAAUUGCUGGUAUUAGUGAUGUCUGUGAAUCUAUGAAGCAACAACUUUUGGUACUGGUGGAAUGGGCUAAAUACAUUCCAGGCUUCUGUGAAUUACCACUGGAUGACCAGGUUGCCCUGCUAAGAGCACAUGCUGGGGAGCACCUGUUGCUUGGAGCAGCAAAACGGUCCAUGGCAUAUAAGGAUAUUUUACUCUUAGGCAACAAUUACAUAAUCCACCGCAACAGCACCGAGGUGGAGAUCAGCCGGGUGGCAAAUCGGAUUCUAGAUGAGCUGGUUCGACCCUUCCAGGAGAUUCAAAUAGAUGACAAUGAGUAUGCUUGCUUGAAAGCAAUUGUGUUUUUUGAUCCAGAUGCAAAGGGACUCAGUAAUCCAAUGAAGAUUAAGAACAUGCGGUUCCAAGUUCAGAUCAGUUUAGAGGAUUAUAUUAAUGACCGUCAGUAUGACUCCCGAGGGAGAUUUGGAGAACUUCUGCUUCUACUGCCUACACUCCAGAGCAUCACUUGGCAAAUGAUUGAGCAAAUACAAUUGGUUAAGCUAUUUGGAAUUGUCAAAAUUGACAGUUUGCUUCAGGAAAUGUUAUUGGGAGGUACUUCUAAUGAUGCCAGUCAUCUGCAUCAUCCAGUGCAUCCUCACUUAGCCCAAGAUCCAUUAACUGGCCAAACUAUCCUCAUAAGUUCAAUGUCUGCUCCUGUACAUACAGAACAGAUUUCAACUCCAGAAACUCCAUUACCUUCCCCUCCACAAGGCUCUGGGCAAGAAUACAAAAUGUCUACGAAUCAGGCUUCAGUCAUUGCACAGCAAUCUAUUUUGAAACCCAAACCAUUGUGAUAAUGUUUCUCUGCCUGUCAUACUCAUCUGUCUGUCCCUCCUUCUCUCCCUCUCUCCUCUCCCAUCCCUUCCCUCUUCCUUUUUAUGCACUAGAUAAAUUGGUAGGACACUUGCACAUUUAAAAUCUCAGGAUGAUAAAGGAAAUUAUUUCCUCAGCAGACACUACUGUGGAUGUUUCUUAAAACACCUUGUUAUUUGGAAAGUGAUGCUCACUGUUCUGACUGCCAUUCACAACUGUAACUGUGGACACUGCAGUCUGACAAACAUGUAUAGAGGUUGAUACUGUUUUUAGAUCUUUUAACUGCACAGAUUAAUUUUUUUAUUUCCUGUUUUAGUUGUUGUCUUAAUGUUAUUGCUUUAGAUGUGUAUAUAAUUUUUUUCUUUGUGACGGAACUGGUUAGUGCUUGUUUAGCUGUGAAUUGUAGACAUGAAAAAGUGUGUUAAUCAAACAAAAGCCAAGAUUCCUCAAAUAGUAGAACAGUAGGCUACCAAAGCACAUGUAUUAAAUAGAAAGGAGAAAACAAGGGCAGAAACACCCGAUUAAUUAAAAAAGAAUAAUAAUUAAAAAAUCCUGUUUUGAAAGAAAGAUAUCAAGUUAAAAUUCAACAGAAGUGUUCAAUCUCCCCUGCUUACCUAUUCGUAUGGACAUUAUGGGAAUUAGGCCAUUCUGGGACACUUUUCACCUUGCUUUAGGGGCACAGAGGGUAUAAGUAGGAAUAUGGCCAGACCAUGCCACUUGACCUCAAGGCUGGAGUAUAGACUUUGUACUGUUUGAUUUACAAGGGUAAAUGUAGCCAUUGUGUUUAUUUGCUUUACUGGCCAGUGAAUGCAUGUUUCACCAUUCACUCUAUGUAUAGAGUAGUAUGCAGUAGCUCUGUGUCUGGAGAGGUAUGAACUAACUCUGAGCUUUAGAUGUUUGUGGUUUGAGCCAUGGCAUUUCAAGCCAUAAGAUAUCCAGCACACCAAAUACUUAUUCUCUGGAUUUUUAAGAGUUUUCAGAAGCUUGGAAUGAAUUGACUUACUAUGAAAAGCCCCUUUCUCCUCCUCUUCUUCCUCCUCUUCCAGUCAAAGGUGACCCAACACUGACCAAGUUUUGUGCCUGGAGUCUGUAAUAACCCAUCUAGAUUUUGGACUUUUUGUGGUUUUGCUCAAAGGGGACCUUGCGACACAUGUUCACUUGGGAUGUUAUGUGAAAAUGAUCCAUUAUGAUAUAUAAAGUGAUCUCUUGUUCAAAUAAUCAUGAAGAAAAUCACCACUUUCCACAUUUUUAUACCAGACAGCAACAAUUUUUCUUUUAGUACUUUAAAGCAGACUUUCUUCUCAGAACUUGUGUAAGAGAGAAACAGAGAAAAAAGAGAGAAGUAAUUCUGCAGUUUACUGAAUGAUUGCAAAGAGAAAACAUUGGAGUGCAGAAAUUCUGCAAAGUGAGAUGUUGGUCAUCUUGAGCCAGACACCUGCAUUAAUUGCAGAAUCCAAAGAUGGUGUAGUUAAAUCUCUGACUUGUAAAAGUUUCUGAAACACACUGAUAAGAUAUUUCAGUUAUGUUUUUUGCAGGCAGGAAAUGCUGAGCUAACCUGCAUGUUCAAAAGGCUUUCAUGGAAAUACACUUACCACCAAUGAGACCUUGUUUUUAUGUUAUUUUAAAGUAGUUGCUUUUGUAAAGCCUCCUAAUGUUUAUGUUUUGCUUUUUAGAGUGUUUUUCUUUUUGCUGGUUACUGUUUAUUUUUAUCAAUGCAUUACUCUUUUUACAAGUUCCUUUUAGCAUGAGUUUUGAUGAUGGAAUAUAGUACCAACAUUUUGCCAUUAACUUUAGGAGCUACCAGACUGUGCUGAUGGCCACCAGCACUUUAUGGGGAAAUACAAUGGUAAACCAUGUGUGAGGGAUACUGAGCAGCCCAAAAGCUGACUAAUGGGUGUCACUUUUGUGCAUUUGUCAUGAAAAGAACAUUUGGCUCAAGCUGGGCUUGCAUGGCUUUCCUGUGUCAGAUUAAUGAAGUCAAUUGCAUAACUGUGGCAGUAUUGGUCUGACAAAAAACAUUUAGUGGGAAAUAGAAAGUAGUCCCUGAGUUGGCUACCCUUGCCUUAUAUAAGCAAUAUGUAUAAUAGCUUAAUGUGUUUAGUUUUCACAAUGUACUUUGGAUAUCAAGUGUACAAUGAAUUGUUUCCACACACUGCCAAAAUGUACCGGAUGGAAAAUAUACUUUAGUAUUUUAUCUGACAAAAAAGUUAUCUAUUUUGUAUGAUAUACUACAUUUUUGAAUAAGAAGAACACCGCUGUAAUUUAUUGGG